GGUAGCCAAUCGGCGACUUUGUUUGACAUUUCUUCGGUCUCUCUCGAAUCUUUCGUUUCUCUCGUCAUUUCGUCAUUUCGUCAUUUCAUUUUUGUUUGAUGGCAACGUACGGCACGCGGGAAAAUGCCGCGUGUCAAAGCUUCCCCACAGAAACAAAUCAAGACAGUGAACCCAUCGGCAAACACGUGGGUGUUUCUUAUGAAGGAAGAUGGUCUGGACAAAGUGAAUGGAAGUCAACCAGAGAUCGUUAAGCUUAGACAUCCAGCUUCCAACAAGCCAGCUAUAUUCAUGUUCAGUCCUGGAAAUCUCAUGGUACAGGAAGUUUUAAUUUUUGAUGAGAGAAAAAGGUCUUGGUUCAUUGACGAUAAUGUCAAAUCCGAAGGCAAGUUGUAUCUGUCGACACCAAUUGAUCCAAUCUUUUUGGCUUUGCCAUAUUUGAGGAAGUUGAAAUUGGCACAACCGUUGGAACAAUGUCUCUGGGAUGAAGAUUUUCCAGAGAUAUCCCGCCUUGUACAGUGUAAAAACUUGAAUCUGUCAUUAAUUGCUGAUCUUAAGGGUGAUGAAUCGCUACAGGCAUUCAAGUUUAAUGAGAAGAAGUCGUUGGAUUGGUUGCAGAAAAAGGUGGAAAAAGUAGCAGAUAUAUUAAAACAAAAAGGAAUUCAUGUGUCACAAGGUGCUACGAGUGCUACUUAUGUUAAGAGUACUAAAUAUGAAAUUGGUACAGAAGCAGAAUACUUAAAGUAUGCACAUGGUAUUGUAUCAGAAUAUCUUGCUGAAGAUCUCUCAAAGAAGCUGGCACAACAUUUGAAUAUACAUAAUGAAGUAGAAAGUAAAAAACGCAAACUGGAUAGUUCUCAAAAUGAUAUGGAUGAAAAAAUUAAGAAAGAUUUUGAAGAAAGUCCAAAUCCAAAAGCAAAGACGAAAGAAUCAAAUAAAUCUGAAAAGAUUCAAAAAAGUACAGCCCCUGGUAAAAAGGAAUUAGCUAGACAGAGAGCAGCAGCAGGAUCUAAGAGUAUCACUACCUUUUUUCAGAAGAAAUAAUUAGAAAAA